CUUUAUACCAGGGUAAGGGUUUAUUCUUCUAGAUCCUCGUAUCUCUGUGCGCCGUUUCAUCCUCUCCUCCGUCUUAAGAGCUGCUCUUUGCCUGACCGCCGCGGCGACGUGCAGCUCUCUCUCUAAUCUUUCUCUUAAAACCUAAUUCCAAAAGAUGACAAGCGCUUGGACAAAUAUGAGCAUUGCAAUCAUACAUAGGGGUAUAGAGAGGGAGUGGGAGAAUCGGGGUGGAGUUAUGUGUAUUAUUUAUUAUUAUUGGAGAUUCUUGGUCACUCUUAGAAGAUCUAUACAUCUGCUUAAAUUCUGGAGAGGAUGUGGAGAUCAAAUUUUAUUUCAAAUAUUAUUAUAGCAUUGGAGCAUCUUGGAGCAAAUGAGCAAUGGAGCUUGUGGAGCACGGCUCAUCUCGAGGAUUGCUCUCUUGUAGGUAAUCUGCACCAUUUCUGGUGUCAAACAUGAGUGGUCGUUUUUCUCGCACAAUCUAUGUUGGAAACCUGCCCUCAGAUAUAAGAGAAUCAGAAAUUGAAGAUCUAUUCUACAAGUAUGGCCGUAUAUUGGAUAUUGAAUUGAAGAUUCCGCCCCGCCCUCCAUGUUAUUGUUUUGUGGAGUUUGAUAAUGCUCGGGAUGCAGAAGAUGCAAUCAGGGGUCGUGAUGGCUAUAACUUUGAUGGUUGUCGAUUGAGGGUUGAACUUGCCCAUGGCGGUAGAGGGCCAUCUUCAAGUGAUCGUCGUGGUGGCUAUGGUGGAGGCGGCGGCGGCGGCGGCAGUGGUGGUGGCCGAUUUGGUAUCUCACGCCAUUCUGAAUUUCGAGUUAUUGUCCGCGGGCUCCCUUCUUCUGCUUCCUGGCAAGAUUUGAAGGAUCAUAUGCGGAAAGCUGGUGAUGUAUGUUUUGCAGAGGUAUCCCGUGAUAGUGAAGGGACCUUUGGCAUUGUCGAUUACACUAAUUAUGAUGACAUGAAAUAUGCUAUUCGGAAGCUUGAUGACACAGAAUUCAGAAAUCCUUGGGCAAGAGGUUACAUUCGGGUCAAGAAGUAUGAGGGCAGUCCCCCAAGGAGCCGAAGUAGAAGCCGCAGCCGAAGCAGAAGUGAAAGGAGGGACAGGAGUAUAUCAGUGGAACGCUCUAUUUCUAGAUCGGUAUCAAGAUCCAGAUCUGCAUCUCCUGUCAAAUCUUCCAGGCCACGAUCAAGAUCAAGGUCAGGAUCUCCUCUCCAGGCACGGUCCGAUAGUGGCUGAUUUUUAUGCAAGCAAUGCCAAAACUCUUCCAGACAUAUAUGGUAGAGUUUGAGGAGAAACUUUGCUAGGUUUUACAUGGAUUUAGCUGGAAUCUAUUAAUGAUAAUCCUUGAUAGACAAGUUGUUGGCUGUAUGACUUGAAUCAUAAAUUGCUUAUUUUGCCAUUUUCAUUGGACUCAAGCUAGUAUCUGCGAGGUAUGUGUACGCUGCUGUGUCUUUUAGGCCACUAUCCAGGAGAUUUCUGACUUUUAUUAUACCAUUGUGAAUGGAAAUUCCGUUGGCUUGCAA